AUGUAUAAGAAAGCACGACUAGAUGCCCAACUUGCUCAUGCGCAAUCGUUAGCUGAUGACCCACAACAUGAACUCCGACGCAAAGCUGGAUUGGAACUGAGACAGUUUCUUCUAGACAAAUUCUGCACAGAAGGGGUGCCUGGUUCUGACGUAGCUCUGUUAUCCCAUUACAUCACCCAAGCUGGCGGCCUGGGAGUCAGUGAUCUUGCGCUGAACCCAUCUUCGGCCUCAAAGAAUGGGCAUCGACAUGUUCAGAAGCAUGCAGGAAAAAUUUACGAUGACAUUGACCUGGCUUACAUUGACUGCCCUGCCUACAUCAAGCGGAAUGCCACUCGAACUUGUGAGAAAAUUCCCAUUUACUUGCCGUCCCAAGCUUUCAGAGAUCAUAUCACGGAUGACAUGGUUUACUGCCACCCACGGAAAGAUUUUGAAAAAGUGAUUGGGGGCUUGGAUUGCUACAACGAGCACCCUGUCGUUCUUAGAGCAAAAGCUGAAGGUUUCAAGACCAAAGUUCGACCGCUAGCUCUAUACUGGGAUGGGGUUGCCUACACCAAGAACGAUUCUUUUACAGCUUUCUAUGUCACAGACAUCUUGAGCAACCAGAAAUUCCUCUCCUUCCUACUUCGCAGCGAUGAGAUGUGCCAAUGUGGUUGCCGUGGGUGGUGCAGCCUGCACCCCUUGCUGGAAGGUGAUUGGCCAGCAUUUUUACAAGUAUUUGGGCUUCGGUACUGGAGCCACAACACCCAUCCAUGUCCACUUUGUCGCAUUGAUCAGAACCAGCUACAGGAAUUGAAUUUGAACCAUACAACUGUGGAUUCGAUGCCUUUCGAGCAGUAUACAACCAGUGACUAUCUGCAGGAUCUUGAUCAAAGCGUUAAUGUAUUGGACGUCAGCACAAUUGAGAUGCGAACCAAGAUCUAUCAGAAAUUGCAGUACAAGAAAAAGUACCGGGGCCGAACCCUUGUGAAAGACUUGCCGGAAUUUGGGCUGAAAAAAUUCAGUCGGCUGAUGCCUACACCUACUCUGCCUGAUGUGGAACGUGGAGUGCUUAUGUCUGGGUCACCCUGUGGACUGUUCGUCUUCAUUGCCAGCUCAUUUCAUAUGAGGUAUCUGAGAACGGCGAUGAAAUUCCGAAAAAAAUUCCUUGAGAAGAACCAGAAGACCUACUACUUCAAACAUCGGUCCAAGAGCAAACGUCGGUUAUUUGUGACGGGAGGUUCCCACCUCAAAGACAAGAAGCGACAGAUCGACUACCUGCGCUCCAGAAACGCCUCUGAGCAGGUGCCAUACGUGAUCCAGGAGGUCCUGCAGGAUCCGGAGCACGGCUGCUACGCCAUCUUCAACAAGGGCAAACUGACCGGCUUCGAAAUCUUUGACUCCGUUGCUUCGUGCCUGGUCUACAGCCCGUCGCAGAAACACGACGAACAGGUCAUGGAGCUCGUAGCAGGCCUGGGAAAGGCGAUGAACCUCACUGGGCAGCUGGCAUUGGAUUUGAUGCACACCUCCACGGGGCAGCUGGUGCCCAUCGAAUGCAACCCGCGCUGCCACAGCGCAAUUUGCACCCUGGAAGGCCAUCAGAACCUGUCGGCCAUUUUCACGGAUCCCGACUUCGACCCCGACUUAGACCCCAUUGUGACCUCCCGUGCGCAUGUUUUUCGAUACUGGAUCAUGGACCAGAUUUUUCUGAUGCUCGGCUUUUGGGAACCCAAAAAUUGCUUCAAGCUGAGCUUCCGGCAAGUACUAAGAGGUAGGGAGCCAUGGGCGUUUUUAGUUGUUUUUUUCCGGGCUUGUGAUGAAACAUAGUUCUCGGGUUUUUUUUAAUGUGACAAUGAAGCACGGCCGUACACCAUGGGCACACUUGAAGGAUCAAGGGUUGCACAGCAUAUACAGCAUGACUCAAUAUGCUGGGAGAAAACAGAAUGAGAGGGCUGCCAAAGCAUUACCAAGCAAGUCACAGCCAAAGAAACAGGUGGCGAUGCCAUCCUUUGCGGCGAUGACCCAAUGCCCUUUCUGGCCAUGUACUUGCUGCAGAUCACCUCAUUGCUGUUGCUGGAGCUCUUCGAGGGCACUCCGUGGCUGAAGAUCGACUUCUGCAUCGGCAAGAUAGUGAAGGAGGGUGGGGACUAGAUGACUAGACGAGGCGCCUCCAACAUGGAGUUGCUUAGUGCCAGCCUCUGAAAAAAGGCGCUAGGCACGCAAAUUGACAUGU